UUCAGAAGCCAUGCCAUUUCCAAUCCACCAUUGAAUUGCUCUCCCUAGGACCUAUCGUGCAUGAUGUGUGCAUCCUUGAUGCAUUUUAUAGGCCUUAGUGUAAUGUAUCACAGGGGGUUGGUUGCUAACUGUAGGUGCAUUGUAGAAAUCAAAAAAAUCUGCCACAAAAAUCACUAAAACUACUUUUUUGCUGCUAUGCUAACUUCCUGCUUGUUUACUAGUGCCCAUACAUAUUCUUAUUGUCUCCUGCUGCAACCAGUCCAUGCCUGUCACCCUGCUGUACAUCAUGGACACAAAGUUGUGCAGUGCCAAUGUCUGCAGCUGCAACAUCAACCCCUUCAAUCCCAAAAGUAUCCAGAAUGACAGUGCUACAAGAGGUACAGUACAAGGGAUGGGGAGGCUUAGCGACAAGAAGGCUGGAAGACUCUAUCCAGCUCCAUCCCCUCCACCAAUGGUGCUUUGUUCCCAGAGAUUGUCAGGAUGUGGUCUUGAGUCACUGAAAGCUCUGCAGCAUGUUUUAAUUGAUAACCACACCAAAUACCACACCAAAUACCACAUCUUCUUUAAUCACAUGAAGUUCAAUAGGAUAGUAAAAAUCAGAGACCUGCAUUUGCAUCGCCUAAGCCUAUCACAGCAGAAUUUUGUUGAGCACCUUGGUGAUGAAAACACCAACAUUUGA